GACGUCUCUUCAAUUCCCUCUCCCACCUCGCCUCGUCCACCGCUUCCUCCUCCCAGCCGGCCCCAUGGCCCACCACUCACUGUCGCCGUCCGGCAGCAGCCGCCGGCGGCGGCUGUCGGAGCUGCUGUGCGAGCAGCAGGAGCCCUUCUAUCUGGACCUCUACCUCCUCGAGAAGGGCUGCUCCCCUGGCUUCCUUGACGCAGCGGCGCACGCCGGCGGCGCCUGCUCGACGUGCUGGCCGAGCGCCCGGAGCACCGGCGGCAGGCUGCUGAGGCGACCGGCUGAGAGGAGCAAGAAGGGGCCUCGCGGGAGCGGCGUGCUCCGGCUGCUCCUGUCCAAGAUUCUCAGCGGCGCUACGACGGCGCGGGCUCCUGCUGCGGCGACGGCGGCCAGGAAGAAGCGGCCGCAGCCGGCCGCCAUCGAGUGGCGCCGCGUCGACGACGAGAAGCAGGGGGUGCCGGGCCGCUCCACGGACGGUACUGUUGGUUCUCCCCAGCGCGCCGUCGAAGGCCACCACACGGAGGUCGACGAGGAGCAGGAGGAAGACGACGAGGAGGACGAGGACGAGUCGUCGAAGAAGCAGCUGCUGAGCCCGGUCUCCGUGCUGGAGCAGCGCCUGUUCGAGCACUCGCCGCCGCCGCACGCGCAGAAAGCCUUUGUCCUCUUCAGCGAGCUCCUCGAGGCAGCCUGCACACCAACCACGCUGCUGCACCUCCUUGCCAACGCCAGACAGUACAAGCCCAAAGACGGCCGCCGCCGCGGCACCGACGGCGGCUCGACGCCGCCGCCACGACGGCGGGCUCGGAAGAAGAAGAAGAACAGCAGCCACGCGCGACGGGAGCCGGACGACGACGCGCCGUUGGAGAGAGACCUCGCCGCGGUGACCGCGCUCGUGGCGUCCGAGAUGCCCGGCGCGAGGGUCCGCGCGGAGGACCUGCGCCCGUCGGCGCAGGACGUCGGCGCGGACAUCGCGGCGGCGGUGCUGGACGCGCUGGCGGAGGAGGCGGCGGCCGAGCUGCUGCUGCUCCUGCUGACGGAUGGGGAUGGGGAUGGACCGCGGCCGUGCGGCUGACACGGCGCGGCGCCGGGCGACGACGCUGACCUCCGUUGUUGGGUUUCUGGUAGGGUGAUGUACGCGUCUCAUCGACGUGUGUACGUGUAUCAUAUGGUUGAUGGUGGUUUUCUUGGUUGAGAUGUGCGUAGUUUGUGCUGAUUGCCUGACAGUGCCAAGUGAGCUACCGUUUCGCAUUGGUGGUUGGCGUGAGAGAGCCUGAUAGGGCAUGAUGCCAAAAGCCCAAAACGGAGCUUGUACAUGGUCGACAUGCAUGGUGAGACUAUCGAGAAAUAAGAACAGAGAGAUCCUUACUAUCCCAACCUGUGUGUUAAGAUUACGGGGCUUGUU